AUGGCAGACAGUGAGGUGGCAGGUGGGCCUGCUCCCGCCUGUGUGCUGGGCAUAGACCUGGGCACGACGUCGGUUAAGGCAGCCCUGUUGGUGGGGACAGAGCGAGGGCAGGUGGUGGCAGGGAGCUGCUCCAGGGAGACGCAGGCACACACCGCUAGCCUGGAAGCUGGACCACAGGGAAUGGAGCAGAAUGUCUGGAGAAUACUAAGAGCGUUGAAUGAAUGCCUUGCUGCUCUACCUCAGCAGCAACUUCAAAGAGUCAGUCACAUUGGCAUUUCAGGACAAAUGCAUGGGAUUGUAUUUUGGAAAAAAGAUAAAGGUUGCAAGUGGACAGAGUGUGGUACAGGCCCUGCCUUUGAGCCGGAGGAAGUCAGUCAUCUAAUUACUUGGCAAGACGGCCGCUGCAGUCCCACCUUCCUUUCUUCCCUUCCUCUCCCACAGUCGCAUAUCAGCUUGUCUACAGGAUUUGGAUGUGCCACAGUCUACUGGUAUUUGAAGAAGAGUCCAGAUUUUCUGAAGUCUUAUGAUGCAGCUGGCACUAUCCAUGACUAUGUGGUUGCCAUGUUGUGUGACCUGAAGAAGCCACUCAUGUCCAUCCAGAAUGCUGCCAGCUGGGGAUAUUUUAAUUCCAGAAACAAAAGCUGGAAUACUGACAUAUUGCAAAAGUCCGGCUUUCCUGUUCACUUGCUUCCAGAGGUGGGAGACCCUGGCAGUAUUGCAGGCAGGACAAUCUGUGCAUGGCAUGGAAUACCCAAAGGAGCAAAAGUAGGAGUUGCUCUGGGAGAUUUCCAGUGCUCUGUUUAUUCCUGUCUGACUGAGAGGACUGAUGCAGUUCUUAAUAUCAGUACCUCUGCUCAACUGACUGUCUCAAUGCCUCUGGAUUUCCAGCCUCCAGAGACACCAGAUCCUUCCUCAGCAGUUACUUAUUUUCCCUACUUCAAUGGUGACUACUUGGCAGUGGCAGCAUCACUUAAUGGAGGCAAUGUGCUAGCAACGUUUGUGGACAUGGUGGCACGGUGGACAGAAGAGCUAGGACUUCAGGUUGAGGAGUCUGCCAUCUAUGCAAAGAUAAUCAAGGCAGCCUUGUCCCAAAACAACAGCAAACUCUCAGUCCACCCAACCAUAUUUGGAGAAAGACACGUUCCUGAACAGUUGGCAUCAGUGACCAAUAUUGCUGCCUCUGGCCUCUCCCUGGGUCACGUAACCAGAGCUCUGUGCCGUGGCAUCGUUGAAAACCUCUGUUCCAUGUUACCUGUGCAGCGCCUGCUGGAGAUGGGAGUGAGGAGGAUUCUGGGGAGCGGGAGUGCCCUUACCAGGAACGAGGUGCUGAGGCAGGAAGUGGAAAGGAUUUUUCCAUUCCCUGUGGUUUAUGGGAAGGAUGUUGAUGCUGCUGUGGGGGCUGCCAUGGUGAUGUUACACAGAAAAUAAAGGAAUUGUUUGGAAUGGCCUAA